CAAGGACGUGUACGCGGUCGGCAAGUGUCAUACUGAAAGCGAAUCGAAUCGAAUCGAAUCGAAUCGAGUUGUGGCUAAAGUUCGUUGCAAAGUUGAGCUGAGCAACUGCAUGUGCUUGAGGGCAGGCAGGCAAGCGGAGGCGUGAAAACACAUUUGUGGCGAGUGUAAUUUUUUCCCCGCCACCCCGGAACGUGUGCGGGCAAUUAAAGUUCCUCGUGCCAGCGGCACCAGCACCUCCAUCGUGUAUUCUCGUCUGAGUGACUGACUGCUGACUGGUCGCGCAAAUUGCAUGUCAGAGCAGAGGGUGCAUGGCUCGUGGUGGCAUGACAUCGAAAUAAAUGUGCCGCAGGAAUAAAAAGCUUAAAGUGUUGCAUAGCUGCCCCAUCCCAUUCUGUUGGUUUUAUUAAGUGGAAUUAUCAAGUAAAGUUGCACAAGUGGAACAAAGCCGAUUUUAAUGAGUUCGUGGCAGAGGCAACACAUGAGCCCACCACUUGUCCCUGCCAACUAUAAAUGGCAACAGGCUGGAGGUUUAUGCGAAAAGUUGUGCAAAGUAAUAAGCAAACAAAACACAAGCCAAGCGAAAUCCGGCCGACAAUAAAGAAGAGCCAUCAAAAGACCAAAAGAAACUAACCGCCGAGAAACGCUUAAAUCAGCAAAAGAAAACACUGCCAGGCAGUGGGAAAAGUUUUCCCGCCACAAGGAGUUCCAUCUGCUGCCAACCAGUCCUCAUCAUCGGCUGGCUGGCUGGUGAUUGUUUCGCAAAAGGAUUACCAGACUCGUACAUAUUAUGCUGUAAACAUGAAAUACCCAAACGAUACACGACUCAUUGUGCUCAUUUGCUGUUUGCUGCAAGGUCUGGCCGUGGGCCUGCGCAUGAUCAAGGUCUCCAUUCCCGCCUACAAGCUGCGGGGCGAGUCCGCCUUCCUCGAGUGCCAGUACGAGCUGAACCGCACCCACCACCUAAGCCUCGACGGGCAUGGACUGCAGACGCACUCGGAUCACAACUACGGCCGCAACCACGAACACGACCGCCCGUCUCACGCCGGAGACUUUCACUACCCGGAUGGGGAGUCUGUGGACGAUGAACGGCCGCCGCAUCGUGGUCGGAUGCACCAGGGCCAGCGUCAGCAUGGACAGCGCCAGCGGCAAAGGGACCGCGAGCCGAUCGCCAUGGGGCAGUACCGAAACCCACCGCCCCUGACGCCCCCAGAGAAGUCUCCCUAUGGCCACAGCGUCUAUCGCGGCAGUGCCGCCUCCGGGUACCUGGGCGCUCAUGUCGGUGCCAGCACCCACAGCGGCGGCAGCAUCAGUUCCAACGGCGGCUCCAUGGGCUACAUGCCAGAAUUCGACCGAGCGGAUAGCUUCGGGGACAGCGCCGAGGAGGAGGAUGAGGAUGAGGAGGAGCAGGCCGAGGAGGGCGAGGCCCUGUACGCCAUCAAGUGGUACAAGGACAACGAGGAAUUCUAUCGCUAUGUGCCCAAGGCACGACCCCCCAAAACCAGCUACCGCGUGGAUGGAGUCCGUGUCAUUGAGGAGCUCUCCGAUGCCAGUCGCGUGCUGCUGCGAGGCCUCACCCUCAACUCCACCGGCCUCUACCGCUGCGAGGUAUCCGCGGAGGCGCCCAACUUCUCCUCGGUGCAGGGCGAGGGCCGCAUGGAUAUUGUCUUUCUGCCCCGCGAUGGUCCGCACAUCAGGGGCCAGCAGUAUCAGUAUCAAAUUGGCGAAUAUCUAUAUUUAAAUUGCACGUCGGGGAAAUCGCAUCCGGCCUCGCAUCUGCAGUGGUUUGUCAAUGAGCAGCCGAUCCUGGACGAGCAUUACCUGUACAAAUACAACGAUAUCGUGCACAAACACGGGCUAAUCACCUCGACGCUGGGCCUGCAGCUGCCGCUGGAGUCGCGCCACUUCCACGACGGCGACAUGCGCGUCAAGUGCCUGGCCAGCAUAUCCCCGGUUCUGUGGAAGGGCGGCAAGGAGAGUGUACUCCAGCGGCGGCCGGGCAUCAUUGACAAUCGGGAGGCCAUGCUCUUGGUGAGAAGUGCAGCUGGCCAUUCGCAGAACAGUCUACUGCGGUCCCUAACCAUCACCAUUAUUCUGGCACGCGCGUGUCAGUGGCUCCUAGGCUCGGAACUUACCUAAGCGACCAGAGGAGGCACAGCCCCUGCCCAACCCGACUCGUUUCAAUUAACAUGAAUUCAUUUUCAAUUCAAUUCAAUUGCAAUUGCAGAGCAUAAAUGGUGAUUUUGUAUACUUUAAGUGUAAUAUCCUUAGUUGUUAAGAGCAAAACCGCAACAGAUCAGAUCAGAUCGGAAAGACAGGGGGCACGGAGCACUGGAUCACUGGAUCACAGGAUCACUGGAUCACCAAUCAAAAGGCGACAAAUUGGGUAAAUGUGUUAUAGCAUGUAAAAAGCAUUAAGACAAAAACCAGGUACAUAGGAGUAUGUCCAGUAUUAAAGGCAGGAGAGUUCAUGCAUCCACUCGUACAUACAUUGACAUCCCCCACAUUGGAGCAAUGCCCAAUGCAAGUAAACGGCAGAGCGGAAUUCAAUUAGCAAAAUUGUUGAGCAACUGAAUUCACAUCCGAAAUAUCAGGCAUCCACUUGAGAGUCUGCCACUCCACCAUCCCCAUGCCAUCACCAUCCCCAUCCCGCCCAGCCCAGGGCUCGUUGUGCGUAAUUUCUGUGUAAAUAAUUCAAUGGGAGGACUAAAGUCCAAGGCAAACUCCAAGCUCUUGUCUAAUAAUGUCUCAUUGGCAUCAUUUUCGAAUGGGAGCUGGAACUUUGCCAUAACAGAUGCUUAAAACUAGAUAAUUCCUAAAACGAAAAGUGAAACAAAAGCUUGAAAGUGCAACGACAUUUUUGAUUUUCAGCCUUUCAGUCCAUUUAUUCUGUUAUUCUGGCCAUUGAAGGGAAUAUUAUAGUUUGCAUUUAGUUUUGUAAUUGUUCCAACAGAAUAAAACAGAACAGAAGACAACUGUGAAUAUGCAUGAGUUGAAUUUGCUCUCAAGAAUUGUUACAAAAAUAAUGUGCACAUUUCCAUUGUAAGAAACUUUGAAGUGCAGCUCCCCGAAUAAAUACGAACACACUGUAUAAAAGAGAAACUGGAUAUAGUCGAAUAUACUCGUACAUAAAUACAUACAUAUAUGCAUAAGGUCCUCUGUUUAACUAGAACUAUAAGCUCUCUGUUUAAGUUGUAGUGGCUCUAUCGAGGCGAACUAUUGAUUGAGGAGAACUCCAUUGACUUGUACGUAGUAAUACCAAAAAGAGAAUACUUUGAGAGGCUCCCCCCCAGAAAUAACUACUAUAUAUAAAGAGAAUAUGUAAAUGUAUACAAUAAAUGCAGAAUGACGAGACCCACGACCCGAGACGCCCUUCUCCCCAGAGUGUUUAAACAAAUAUAAAUGUGAAAGCAAA